AUGGAAAAUGACUUUCUUCUUAUGAAAUUCUAUUUCAACGAAAUCCUAGGUCGAACAAUCCCAUACGCGGAUCCCAUCGGAUCCAAUAUAGAAUUUUAUCAGAUCCUACAGGAAUUCGACGGAUCCGAUAAAAUCCUGGUGACGAAAUCGCAUUGGAUUCCGACGGUGUCGGAUCCGAAACAUGGAUACAGAGAAUCGUACAAAGAAAUUGUUGAUCAAUUUUGA